AUGGCCUCGGAUCAGGGUUCUGGCACUGGUAAAUCCUUGGAAGAGCGCAUUACCAAGCCAGAAGCAGCCUCGACAGACGCCUCUGAUAACGCGAACAAAGAUGGCGCAUCUCAAGCCCUUGGCGGAAGUGACCUCCAGGAGUCAGAAUACGACGUUCAAGUCAAGUUAAGCGACUUGCAAGCAGAUCCCAACAACCCGCUUUUUUCGGUCAAAUCUUUCGAGGAUUUAGGCUUGUCGCCGGAAAUUCUCCAGGGUCUUGUAGCGAUGAAAUUCCUAAAGCCGUCUAAAAUCCAAGAGCGCGCCUUGCCUCUUCUUUUGAACAACCCUCCGACCAACAUGAUCGGACAGUCCCAGUCAGGUACCGGAAAGACUGCCGCUUUCACUCUCAACAUUCUGAGUCGACUACAACUUGACACCGAAGAGAACAGAAAGGCCCCUCAGGCGCUUGUUCUAGCUCCAAGUCGCGAAUUGGCUCGUCAGAUCGGAGGUGUCAUAACCGAGAUGGGCAGGUUCAUGGAGCAUCUAUCGGUUGGAAUGGCCGUGCCAAUGGAAGGCAAGCGACCUUCUCGAUUAGAACAUCCCGUGGUGUGCGGAACUCCCGGUACUGUCAUGGAUCUUAUCAAGAAGCGCAUCUUGAUCACGAACAAAUUGAAGGUUCUUGUUCUGGACGAAGCGGACAACAUGCUGGACCAACAAGGUUUGGGUGAUCAGUGUAUCCGUGUCAAAGCACUGCUUCCAAAGACUGUUCAAGUUGUGCUUUUCUCUGCCACGUUUGACGACCACAUUCGCCAUUAUGCUGCGAAAUUUGCGCCCAACGCCAACGAAAUCGCGCUGAAACAAGAAGAACUUACUGUGGAGGGUAUUAGGCAAUUCUAUCUCGAUUGCAAUAAUGACGAGGACAAGUAUAACGUGCUCGUUAAAUUCUAUGGUCUUCUUACGGUGUCCUCUUCUAUCAUCUUCGUCGAGACCCGUGCAACUGCUGCCGAGAUUAGGGAGCGCAUGACGAAAGAGGGCCACACUGUUGCGAUGUUGACUGGUGGUGUCGAAGGUAGCAUCCGUGAUCAGAUCAUCGAUGACUUCCGUGAGGGACGAGCGAAAGUUCUGAUCACCACCAAUGUCCUUUCUCGUGGUAUCGACGUUUCUACCGUGUCGAUGGUCAUCAACUACGAUAUUCCACAGCAUUUUAAGCCCGGACAACCGCGUACCGGCGAUCCUCAAACAUACCUCCACCGUAUCGGUCGAACUGGGCGUUUUGGUCGUGUCGGUGUGGCCAUUUCUUUCGUAUCCAGCAAGGAAGAAUGGCAGAUGUUGAUGGAAAUUCAAAAGUAUUUCAAUACCCUUAUCGAGGGUAUCCAAACCCGUGACUGGGACGAAGUGGAAAAACUAGUCAAGAAAGUCAUUAAGAACCCACGGGCUCGGGGCGAUUUUGCGGUGACGUCUUGA